UAUUGUUUAGUCAGUCGAUGAAUAUUUAUCUUAUGCUUAUGAAAUAUUAACAUGGACGGAAAAACGUGUCAAAUCUGUUCAACCGGGAGUCAAACUUGAUAGUGGCUGUGAUUGAACCCGCGGUGUCGUGGUGAUGGGGCCAGACAGCGUCCAGAGUCCGGCCGCGCCCUGGCGGAAGGUGCUGUGGGAGCGCCAGCCCUACCCGGACAACUACGUGGAUCGGAGGUUCCUGGAGGAGUUGAGAAGGAACGAGGGCAUCCGUCAGUACCGAUACUGGGCCGUGGUGAGAGAGGCCGGCCUGGUGGCGCAGCAGCUGUCCUGCGUGGCCAUUUUCAUCACCCUCUGGCUCUACAUGGAACAGGGCCUACUGUCCCCAGAGAUUCUACUCGGAUCCAGCCUGGCAAGCGCCCUGCUGGGCUACGGACUGUACCGAGUCCUCACUCCUCCGAUGGAGUGCAACACCCGUACUCGUCUCACCGACCUACAGAGCGCCAUUAACUUCCUCUCCUUCACCUUUGGCUUCUCGCCGGUGCUAAAGACGCUAACCGAGUCAGUGAGUACAGACACGGUGUACGCCAUGUCGGCGGUCAUGCUGCUGGCCCACCUGGUGUCGUUCCCGUACGCCCAUCCCUCGCCGCCCGGCAGCCUGUCCUUGAACGCGGCGCUUUUCGCCUCUGUCUGCCUGGCCUCCAGACUCCCGGGCGCCCUCCACACCUUCGCCAUGCUCAGCUGCGCCCUGCUGGUGUUCGCCCUGUGGCCGUGCCUGCUGCGGAGGAUAAGGGACAACGCUCCGAGCCACUUCACCGCGGUGUGCGCCGGGGUGAGCGCGGCGGGCACGGGCGGCCUGGCGUCGCAGUCGCCCGGCGGGGCCCUGCUCUUGGCCCUGGCGGUCCUGAGCGUGACGCUGCUUUGCCCCGCGCUGCUGGUGUGGCUGCAGAGGCACAAGGACAACAUCCAGGGGCCCUGGGACGAAGCGGAGAUCCGCGAGGACCUCAGCCACUUCCUCCACUGAAGACCUAAGCACAUACAGCAGACACUGGACACUUCAUUAGGUACACCGGCACUAUCAAGUGAGGGUUAAUACAUGGCUUGAAGAUUGUGCAGGUGAAGCGGUGUAUUCAAUCUACAGUACACCUUUUAGACCAGGUCUACUCUUGGACAACUUAUCUGCGGGUAAAAGCUGAAAAUGCUAUUUUAAUAUUUUAAAUGCGGACCUCAAUAGUAUAUGAAUCACGUACACCGGCACUAUCGAAUGAGAGUUAAUACAUGGCUCGAAGAUUGUGCAGGUAAAACGGUGUAUUGUUACAUUUACUGCCAAUCCACCGCACACCUUUUAGAUCAGGUCUACUCUUGGACAACUUAUCUGCGGGUAAAAGCUGUUUUUUUUUUUAUUUGAAACUGCUAUUUUAAUAUGUUAAAAUACUGACCUCAAUAGUUUAUGAAAUGUGUUAUGGAGACAUGAUGCUAUUUUGCACACAUUUUUAACUGUCAUUUGAUACCGUGGAUUUGCAAUGUUGAAUAUCAUAGUGUUGAUUACAAUACUGCAGUAUGAGGAAAAGAAGUGUCACCUGAAGCCCUUUAAUACAAUUCAUGGAUUGUCAAGUUAAAAAAAAAACAUGUUAAUUGUUUAAGAAAGCACUGGGAUUCUUUUAAUUUGGUCUGGGUUUUUUUUUUCCACAUCAUGUUUCAUGACAUCAGCGAGUUUCCUAUGUAUUGAGUUGCAGUGUUAGGAAUAACUGUUACUAAUUCUAAUUUGAUGUAUUCAGGAUGGAAGUACACACACAACAAGGAGGCUUAAUGUAGUUCAUGUAAAAGACAAGGACAUUAAGUGCUUGUCAAAUUUUUAAGAUGUUACAUAAUAACAUACUUCUCUCGGUAACUAAAUACAUAUAUGAAGGGCUACUUCCAUUAUGAAAUAAUUACUUAUUGGGAGAAAGGAAGUACAAUUAUAACAGUAAUUUUCCCAUCUCGGUUGUGUAGUAACAUCCACAUUUUUGCCACUAUUUCUGACGGUUAGUGACUUAACCUCUAGAGGGCAGCACACUACAACUAAAUAAAUGUAAUAUACCACCACUGAAGGUUAUUUCCCCAUCGACUCUUUUUACAUGCUGGUGUCAUAGACACUUACCGGCCACGACAUUAGGUACAGCUGCAUGAAAACUACUAGGGGUGCACAAAAAAAAUAUUUAUUCAAAUUUUUAAAUCGACUUGAAGUUUAAAAAUAUUGAUUUUAAAAAAAGUAAUUUUUUUCAGUAAGAAUCCAUUUAAAAAAUAUACACUACCGUUCAAAAGUUUGGGGUCACCCAAACAAUUUUGUGGAAUAGCCUUCAUUUCUAAGAACAAGAAUAGACUGUCGAGUUUCAGAUGAAAGUUAUAUUUUUCUGGCCAUUUUGAGCGUUUAAUUGACCCCACAAAUGUGAUGCUCCAGAAACUCAAUCUGCUCAAAGGAAGGUCAGUUUUGUAGCUUCUGUAACGAGCUAAACUGUUUUCAGAUGUGUGAACAUGAUUGCACAAGGGUUUUCUAAUCAUCAAUUAGCCUUCUGAGCCAAUGAGCAAACACAUUGUACCAUUAGAACACUGGAGUGAUAGUUGCUGGAAAUGGGCCUCUAUACACCUAUGUAGAUAUUGCACCAAAAACCAGACAUUUGCAGCUAGAAUAGUCUUUUACCACAUUAGCAAUGUAUAGAGUGUAUUUCUUUAAAGUUAAGACUAGUUUAAAGUUAUCUUCAUUGAAAAGUACAGUGCUUUUCCUUCAAAAAUAAGGACAUUUCAAUGUGACCCCAAACUUUUGAACGGUAGUGUAUAUAUUUAAGUCCAUCUCCGCGCAACCAGAAGGAGCUUUUCUAACUUGUAACCUGUUUUGAAAAGGUUUCAUUAUAAUUAUACCAAAUAAUACAUUGCAAGAAUCGUGUUGAAUCGAGAAAUGAUCCUGUAUCGAAUGGUCGAUCCUGGAUUUGGGAUCGCAUCUGAUCUUUAGGUGCCCAAAGAUUGUAUUAUUUAUCAUAGUGCAAUCAUAUGUGUGCAAUAUGUAUUUUUAUUUUUUAUUUGCAUUUUACUUUUGGUAAAAAUGCCGCCACUGAAGUGGUGAGUCGCUAAUGUAUCGGAGUCACGCCAACCACGCCGCACAAAAAUAAAGAGGCCUCCUUCCUGCACUUUGCCGGCCGUCUCUGCAUUCUGGGGUCCAGAACAACACUGGCAGACCACCCUAUUGUGGUUGUAGUCUGCAUUUGUGUACAAUUGUUACACACAGCUGUGGCAAAAUGUUCCAUACAGCCUUUUCAGUAUCACCGCAGCCUACAGACACGCUUGGUUUCAGACAACCACAAUGUAUGCUACCAGGCAUCUUAUAUGUUUAAAUGUGUAACUAAUGACGUGGCCAGUCAGUGCUCGUUUUGCCAGUUGCAGAGAGCCCUGAAUUCACCGCAGGUUCUCCGGAUUAAAGACAAUUGAUAUUCAAAAAUAAAACACCUCUUUAUUUAAAAUGAAAAAGGUUUUAAAAAUAGUGUUUCGCAGAAUAGCUGUUGUUUCUAUUUACACGGGCACUUGAGGAAAGUCAGCAGACAGCCGAGGACAUUCCUGCGACUGCGGCCAACGCGACUAUGAACAAAACAGGCUCACGAAUGGUGGCGGACGCUCCCGGCGGAAGGCGAGGCGGGGGAGGGGUGGACCGUGUCCUCCUACUUGGUGCUCGUUGGGAUGGCUGGAGCGGGCCUCCUGGGGGGAAAUGAUUGGAAUCAGUGAUUAAAAACGGACCGCCAUGUUGUGUUCCCAAAAGCACCUUGUGAUUUAACACACAGGGAAAGGAAAGGCUCGUGGAAAGAUGCUCAAAAUAUAGAUGCAACAUUCGGCUAACUUGCAUAACGACUAGCUGAAUAAUGCUUAGUUGUUGUUUUUCUUCAGUGCUUAAUAUGUAAGCCUAAACCUAUUUUGUCAUGCCACGGUCAUAAUAUAAAGUCCCUCGCCACGUUGCGCUUCAAAUUUUGCGGCUUCACUGCAUUGUGGAUUUUUUAAUAAAACCAUUUUUGGCCUAAAUUCAGCAUUUUUAAGCAUACACAUGGAAACGACGAAGUAAACAUAUCAAUACCACUAGAUGAGAUCAAACCAAUCAGAGCGCGCUGUUCAGUAUCUUCUUAUAAUCAAAAGACAGCAGUCAUUUCAAUGAGAUUAUUAUAUUACUUAGAAUGAAAAUAACAAAAAAAAUAUUGUUUCUCAUGAGCUAUGUACUAGUAUUGUAUGUCUGGGUGGGGUCCAGCUUUGGAAAUAAUUUGUACCCCUUUCAGAGAUCAUUAUUUCCCCUUAAAACAUUCGCAUGUUGCACAAUGAGAUGUAAAACAGGGGCUAAAGUGCACAUUCCUGUAACUUUGUCUGACUUUAUUAGCAUUUUUGUAAUCUUUCAACAGUUUUCAUGAUUAAUAUCCAUAAAUUAACAUUCUUUAUAAAUGACAGUAUAAUAAGCACACAUUCACAGUGCAACAACCUGGCAUUCAUAGAUUAUGUGUGCUUCUGGAGUUGUCCGACUUUUUGUGCGGCCAUAAAAGCAUCAGUGGCUAAGUGCCAUGAGUGCAGGUGAGAGAGCGCGAGCGGGUGCUGUUGAUAUGACAGAUGACUAAAAGUUGGUUUUGGCCUUUGCCCAAUUUUGCUAGAAAGUUUUCACUAAUGUUUUUGAUGUGGUU